AUGCACCGAGGACAAGAACGCAGAGGAUAUUUCAAGGGAGACCUCACAAAAUUCGUCGCCAUAGCUUUUAAUGGAAGAAACUUGAAGUACGUAAAUGCGUCAGAGCUGCCCCAGCUAAGAUCAACUCAUCAGAAAUACAUCUUCCUCAAUACUGAGUCAUCUACGAACCAACCGAUCUGCAACCCUUUGUGGGACAACUUUUUUAACUGGACAUCCUCUUACAAGCUGAACUCUGACGUAAUAUACUCGUAUAUUUAUAUAAGGGAUAUGAAUGGCGUACACGUUGGACCUAGAAUAGACAUAGACUGGGUUAACGAUAUGAAAAAAAUUGACGACACGUUAAAAGAGAAGUUAAAAAGUAAGAAUAAGGCGGCAGCUUGGUUUGUAUCUCACUGCAUCACUAGAAGUAAGAGAGAGAAAUAUGUGAAGUCACUUCAGAAGGCAUUGGAACCUUAUGACUUGACCGUGGACAUAUACGGAAGCUGUGGUACGUGCGUUUGCCACUGGUAUGAGAAAGAGAAGUGUUGGGCUAUGGUGUCCUCUGAUUAUUACUUCUAUCUUUCCUUUGAGAAUGCCUUCGCGGAGGACUACGUGACAGAGAAGUUGCUGACCGCGUUGAAUAAUGACGCAGUGCCGAUUGUGCUAGGAGGAUCCAACUACACCAGGUUCCUCCCGCCCGGCUCCUACAUUGAUGCCCGUCUCCACGAGCCAGAAUCCCUGGCCCACGUCAUGGCGGACAUCAUAGCCAACCCGAGCAAGUACCACGAGUUCUUCCGAUGGCGGAACCACUACAAGUACUCCGAGCCUGAACAAAUAGAGGACGUGUGCAACUUGUGCUCGGCGCUCAAUGAUGAGAGUAUGGUGACGAUGAAGUCCACGUAUCCUCAUUUCAGGAGCUGGUGGAAUCCGAACUGGGAAGAGAGAUGUCAAGAUGACAGUUGGGGCAGUUGA